AUGCCUCUGAACGCCAACGAAGAAGCGCUUCUGGGCCACCCAUCAACCGAGGAGCUCGAUUACGAACACCAAAGACUCGAUUACUCCCCCGAAGAACGCAACAAAAUCGGCAAAUGGACCAUCGUCGCCCUCAUCCUCAACCGCUCAAUCGGCUCCGGAAUCUUCCUCACACCACACCGUGUCCUCCAAGGCGCAGGUUGUGUCGGCGGAGCCUUAUUCCUAUGGACGGCCGGAGCGCUGAUCUCGAUAUGCGGACUGUACGUCUGGCUCGAAUGCGGUCUUUCGAUACCGCAGCGCAGAGUCAGAGGUGAGACAGAGCCUCGCGGCGUCCCACGGUCGGGCGGCGAGAAGAACUUCCUGGAGUUCAUGUUUCCGGAUUCUGAUCUCCGGCUUCCACACAUCAGAACGACGUGCUGCUUCGCUGUGAUGUUUGUCCUCAUGUACAACCUGAGCACGAACGCCAUAGCUUUCGGGCUCCAGGUUAUGACGGCAUCAGGGCAUUACGAUGGUCUCUCGCCAGAUGGUAUUCCCAGCCGCGGUCCUGUUCUUGGGAUCGCCAUUGCGGUUUUGACCUUGAUCGUGCUUUUGCAUACGUUCUCCAGACGGGGUGGGAUCCUGAUCAACAAUGCCUUCGCGGUGUUGAAGGUUGGCGCGCUUGUUGUCAUGGUCUGUCUGGCCAUCGCAUAUGCGGCUGGCCGAUUCGGGGGUCCUGGAGAUGUCGUUCGGAACAACUUCAUUGAAGAUGUCUGGAAGAGCAACCGAGCAGGCGUAUCAUCCUGGUCCCGGUCCUUGACACUCUGCAUGUACUCCUUCUCGGGCUACGAACAGCCGUUCUACGUACUUGCAGAAGUGAAAAGCCCACGGAGAUACUUUCCAAAGUAUACCGUAUUGGGCUUGCUCAUCACAGUCGUCCUCUACAUGAUGGCCAACAUUUCAUACCUGCUGGUGGUUGACAAGGCCGACAUCAUCCCUCCACUAGGCGGAAAACCCUCCAGCGCGGACAUCGCGACCCUCUUCUUCAACAAGCUGUUCGGAGACGAUCAAAAGAAGGCCUCGCAUGCCAUGGCCGCCAUCAUCGCCGUCUCCAUCUUCGGCAACCUGUGGGUCAUGACAUUCACCGCCGCCCGUGUGAAGCAGGAGAUUGCCAAAGAAGGCAUCCUCCCCUUCUCACUGCACAUCGCCACUUCGUACAAGACGCCAUACGGUCUGUUCAAACUAUGGCUAUCCCGAGGUCGCCUGCGCGAGGAGGAUGUGGAGCAAGCACCCACUGCAGCGUUCGCUCUGCACUGGUUUACGUCGGUACUGCUCGUCGUGCUGGUGUCGCCGAUCCGGGACCCUCGCAGGUCGUACUCCGCGCUCGUCGCUCUGUACAGCUACACCGUCAUCUCGCUCAUUGGUUGCUGGGUGUCAAUCGGUCUUCUCAGAAUCAAGCUGCGCAAGUCGAGAUGGCAUUGGCAGGAGCGCCGCCGAUAUCGACCAUGGCUAUCGCCGCUGCACGUCAUUGUCUUCGGUGCAGCCACAGCGUUCGUGCUCGUUACCGCGUUCGUUCCGCCAGAGCCUGGCUCACCGUUCCACAGAUUGGCCACUGGCCAGGCUUGGUACAUUGUUCCGGUGGUGGGCAUUACGGCACCUCUGUGGGGUAUGCUGUGGUAUUGGGGACUCCUGGCGUACCAGUGGAAGAUCGGAAGGCAUCUCGUCGUCACUAGGGAGGCGUACUGGAUGCCUGAUCCCGACUGCCCUGGAGAGUUUGUCCAGCAAGCGGAGAUCAUCGAUCACACGUGGCAAAUUACCUUGAGGAGCGAAAUGGCGGAUGACUUUGAACGGUUACCAGGGAUGGCCGAGAUGGUUGAUGAGCGCCAUGAUGGUUGGACUAACGGGAACACAGCGCAAGGUCGCAAUGCGCCCCGAAUGAGGCGGCGACUGUCAGACAGUUUCGAGUAG